CGGAGCGCGGCGCUGCCCGGGCCGGCGCCCCCGCCCUCCCUCCAUCCCUCCCUCCAUCCCUCCCUCGCCCGCUCCCGCUGCUCCCGCUCCGCGCACCACGACGACGACGGCGGCGGCGUCCCGCCAUGUCGGCCGCCAAGCACCGGGGCCCUAAGGGGAGCAGCCCGCCCGCCGCCGCCGCCGCCGCCGCCGCCGCCGCCGCCAACGAACGGGGCUCGCAGCCCGGCGGCGCCGAGGAGGCGGCGGCGAAGAAGCCGCCGGCUGCGGCGCACGGCCGGGGCGGCAGGGCCGCCGCGGGGGGCGGAGGGGGCCGCUCCGGCGCUGGCCCCCGCCGCGGCUGGGCGCUGCUGCUGGGCGCCGCGGUGGUCCUGGGCGCCGCGCUGCCCGCCGGCUGGUACGUGAGGCAGCUGCGGGAGGAGGUCGGCCGGAGCGCCCGGGAGAGAGAGGCCUCCGGCCGGCAGCGGCAAGAGCUGGCCGCCACCCUGGACGCCGUGGUGCUGAAGGUGCGUUCCCUUCAAGCCACGUUUGGAGAAUUUGAAUCUAUGAUGAAAAUUGCUCAGCAGAAGCAGGAGGUUACUGAGAAGGCUGUUAAACAAGGGGAGAGUGAAAUAAACCGGAUCAGUGAAGUGCUUCAGAAGCUGCAAAAUGAAAUUUUGAAAGACUUGUCUGACGGCAUCCACAUGGUGAAGGAUGCAAGGGAACGAGACUUCACAUCUCUGGAGAACACGGUGGAAGAGAGACUAACAGAGCUAACCAAGUCUAUAAAUGAUAACAUUGCUGUAUUCACUGAAGUCCAGCAAAGGAGCCAAGAUGAAAUCAACAAUAUGAAAGCAAAGGUUGAUUCACUAGAAGAAGCAGAUGUGUAUAAACAUGAAAUUAAGGUGCUAAAAGAUGCUUUUGAUGAGAUGCAAGCAUCCAUGAAAACCAAAGAAAAGGACAUAGAGACCUUGAAGAGUACAAUAGACUCCAUGGAGUCUGAUGUGUAUACUGAAGUGAAAGAGCUAGUCAACCUCAAACAACAACAUGAGAAAUUCAAAGAGGCUGCAGACACUGAACACCUUUCAUUAAAAGCUUUACAAGAGAAAGUUCUGAGUGCUGAGGAUUCUAUUAGGCAGCUCCCUGGUGACAUUAAAAGACUCGAUGAAGAUUUACUGCGAGUUAAAGCUGACCUUAACAAAUGGGAAGAAAAUGAACUCUUCAGAAAAGCAUUAGAAACUUUUGGGAAGAACAGUGAAGGACUGGAGUCUCGACUGAGGCACAUAGAAGACAGCCUGGAGUCUCUAACUUCCGUUGCUGCUCAAAACAGUGAAAAGUUGCAAUCUUUCCUUUCUAAGGAGACAGAAUACGAGAAUAAGCUCAGUAUCCUGGAACAAAGCAUUACUGCUCUUCAGGGAAUCUCAGAUAUGGACGUAACUUCAGUCACAGACAUUCUGAAAAAUCUUGGUGAAUCACAGACCUCACUGUACAAUGACGUGGAAGACUUGAGGAGAAGCAUCAGUGACCUGCCAUCCGCUGGUGCUCUUCAGGAUGUCCAGAAGCAAAUUAGUACUUUGUUGGAUCAAGGAAAUCUUCAGAUGGGUCAAGCACAUUCUCAAGGCUAUCUUGAAAAAUUUUCUUCUGUGGAAGGUUCUGUAGAUGAACUGAGAUCUUCUGUCAGCCAGGUUGAUUCUGAUUUGAAAAUGAUAAGAACUGCAGUGGAUAGUUUAGUCUCCUACUCAGUGAAAAUUGAAAAUAAUGAGAACAACUUGGAGUCUGUGAAGAGCUCAAUAGAUGACCUGAGGAACGAUCUGGAAAGGUUGUUUGUCAAAGUUGAAAAAAUACAUGAAAAAGUUUAGGCAGCGGUGCUCCUUGUGCAAAUAAUGGAUUAAGGAGAAUAGCUUUUGUAUGCCCAGUUUUUUACUCUUUUUAAAAGCAAUUUGAUACCUCCAAAGAGAAUAAGAAUACUUUAAUAAUAGAGACAGUUCUGCUUAUUUCCUUUAUUUCUCUUUUGUAUAGUGUUUUUGGUUUGGUUUUCUUUUUUGUUAAAUUUUGUUUUAAGAAAACAUGAGUUUAGUUGGGGGUUGAGUUUCAAAGGGCUCAUCUCCUCUGUCAAGUUGUACCGCUGUAACUGUAGUGGUGUAACUAAGGCACUAUAGCCUCGUUAGCAUGGGCACAUAUUUAAUGGCAUGAAGGUGUUUCACACUAUGACACUAGAUAUCCCACACAGAAGGGCUACAGCUGUUCUGGUAUGAAAAGCAUACUGCUGUACACACUGAUAAUUUUACUGGUAUGUUUUGGUUUAAGAAACAAAUGAACAAAACUACAUCCCUAUCUUAAACUGUUUAGACUGGUAAACUUAAGUGUGGACCAGGUUUGAAGCAACUCAUCUGUUUCUGCAGUUUGGGACUCAGCCAUGUGGUCAGUUUCCCAGGUGUCAGCUGAGCUGUAGUGUAUUUCUGUGAGUCCUUAAUCUGUGCCAGGGAGCUAACAAGGGGUUAGCUGACCCCCCCCCCCCACCAAGGGAAGGUUUGAGGUAAGUGGCAUUGCUUGGGGCUAAGACCUAAGACCUAAGAGAGGUGUUCCACCAUGUGGCUGGAGAGAUUAAUUCUUCCUGAUCAUAGGCUUCCUUCCCAGUAUCUUCAGCUGCUGGUGUAAAGGACCAGUGCUCGGAAGGGACAUCUGAAGGAUGUGAUUAGUUUCAAGAGGGUACAGUAAUAUUUUUAUCAUUUUGGGGGGCUAUUUACAUGAUGAGUCUGUGUCUUUCCUGGAAAGACCCAGUUUGUCUGUGAUACAGGAUUUUCUGUAAAAAUGAUCAUGAAUUUGAAUAAGGAAAGAGGAGUAAGAUUGCACCUCUUUUAUUCCAUGUAUAGCAAGCAUGCUAACGAUAAUAGUACACUCCAAAACACACAAGGGGGAAAAUCACCAUGAAAUCAGCAGAAUUGCUUCUAAGGCGUAUACAUUUCAAGUUUUCACACAGCUGACAGUGACCUGAACUCUUGUUACGUAUUCAGGACUUGGUGCCUGACUCGUCACCAUUGUUGUCACCGGGUGCCUGCCUAGGGCAUUGGUAGCAAAGGAUCCUUCUAGGAACUGGUUGAGAGUGAGAAAAACAUGUCAUAAUUCUCUAAAUGUUCAUUUAAAAAUUACUUCUUCAUGGAACUUGCUUGGUUUUCUGUCUUUUUGGAAAGAAUUUCUAAUAUCUCUCCUUUUCAAGUUUACUUUUGAACUUUAUCCAAAGAUUUGGUAAAGGGCUCUGCACACUGAUACUUUGGAAUUAGGUCGUGCGCAUCAUGCCCACCACAGCCUGCGCUAGCCAGAUCCAUGGCUACGUUAGAAGAAUUCCUGGAAACAGCAACUCCCAGAAGUGGUGUGCUUGUGGGAACAGCGCAGGUGAAAAGGAGUUCUCCUUGGUAAAUAAGAUACUGAACCAUACCUGGUGGUGUUCCCACUGUAAAUGGGAAAGAAUUGCUGUCAAAGAAAGAGGGACCCACGGCAUUAAGGUAACUUGUCACUGUUGGAACUGCACUGUUCUUUGUUGACUUCUCAAGUUCUUGAACAAUGUUUAGGUUACUGUGAAAUGAACUGUAUGGCUUAUUUGCGGUAUUUUUAAUACAUAAUAAACAUUUGGAAUAUUCUUUGCA